AAUCCUUUUAGAUAACAAAUUCCAAUAUUUAAUUAAGAAAGAUUCUAACUUUUCUUCCUAAUCCAAUCCUUUAUCUAAAACAAUUUACCGCCAAUAUUCUACAUUUGUUUGAUUGGAAUGCCUUGAAAUACUAAUGACGACUUUGUCACGGAUGAGGCGUCGUCAACCUUUACAUAAUCACAACAAAAUCAAUUAUGAAUUCAUAUCGUCACCGUAAUUAAUCGAACUUAUCAAUUCAAUUUGCUCGUUUAGAUAACCUUGCACUUACAUGUCCUUUUAUAUAGAUACUUGAAUAUCCACAGGGAUUCAGCAUUUUGAAUUAAAUUAAUUUGUAUAUUGAUGCCGAUCUCUAUGACUUCCAUUUCCUAUCAAUUUCUGGAUUAUUUACUACACUAAAUCACCGAUGAUCUAUUUUUAUAUGUUAUCGAAAGAUUGAUACUUUAUUCUGUAGAAAUCUUGAGCGAUUUACAAACAUGGAAGAACGUAACUCCGUCAGGAAUAAUGCAUGCCCAUGGGUUUAGAGUGCAUUUUUGAGUUUAUGUUAAGUUUCAGUUUCAGAGAAGACAACACAAGCGUCCUGUAUGGGUGGGAGUCAGAUUCCAGCAAGUUGUCCUACUAUGGGUCUCUGCUGAUACAGCGUUUGACAAACCCCCUCAAGUCAGUAUACACACUCAAUAACACGUGUAUUUAAAUAUUGUCUCUCCUUUUCGUUAGGAGAACCCGAUAUUAUUAAACCAAUCAGUGAAUUGGCCGGUUUAUGGUACUCCUUACAACAUGGGUAGUAAGGUGACAUUUACACAACUGCUACUGUCCCAUAAACGCCGGACUGGCCACAUACAGAAACCGACAUCCAGCAAAUCACUGUCAGAGAAUCAUAAACUCCAGACAAGGUACUAACAGCUUGAGAGCCUUAAUUAUAGAGACAUUGCUGGUUCCAUUAGCCAAAAACAAUGCCUGAUGCAAGAGGCAUGCCAUCGGUUAAUGCCACUGAGAUAGAACCAGUCUUCUCCACAGUUCUAAUCGCCUUCAUCUGUCUACAGCAGCUAGUGUUUAUUCUGGCGUUUCUCGGAAACAUUUUUGUGAUCAUCAUUUUCGUAAAGUACUUAAAACUGAAGACGGCCACGAACAAAUUUGUGGUCAGUAUGUCCAUCGCUGAUUUGUGCACUGGAGUUUCUGCCGGCGUGCAGGUCUUGUAUUUUUUUAUAUUCAGUCUAAACACUGAUAUGGUGGCCUGUUUUCUCAGGUACCAGGUAUUAACUUGGAUGACCAUAACAUCCCAGGCACUAGUCACGUUUACGACUUUCGAUCGCUUUGUGGCAAUUUGUUUCCCUCAUUAUCAUAAACAUUUGGUAACCAAAAGAGUCUCAAAUAUGCUUAUCAUCACUGCGUGGAUAUUUGGGGCCCUUUCGGCUAUGAUCCCCUUUGCAGGUGCCAACAACUGGGGUUCAGGCGUUUCUUGCAUGUUUUAUGAUUUGCUUUUUCAUCGAUUUGUGUACCUCAUUUACGGAAUUUCUAUUUUCUUGUUCAUGGGCAUUGCUGUUGUGCUUUAUUGUUUUAUUCUACACACAGCUUGGAAAUACCAGUCCAGAAUUAGGCCUCGAAAUUCUUUAAACGUUGAAAGACAGAAAAAGAUAGAGAAAGACAUCCGCAGUGCCCGCGUUAUGGCAUUCGUUACAGUGAUAUUUACAGUUUGUUGGACUCCUUAUACCGUUUUCCAAAUCCGAUAUGGGUUGGGAAUAAGCAGUGAUGAGCUCUACAGUCUUUCUAAUUGGUUGGUGUUUUUAGGAAUCUCUAAUAGUAUUAUGAACCCAUUUAUCUAUGCAUGGCAAAGAAAUGACUUUAGACGAAAGUGGUUCGAACUAAUGCCUUGCUUUGGCAAAAACUCGACAGGGAGGGAAACAUCCAUGACCCAGAACUUAUCGUCAAUUGGGAGUUAGUUACGA